AUGUCGUCUCGACCAGAUCUCAAGGUCGACGAUGAAGUCGGCUUCAUUCGCUUCUAUCAUUCCCUCUCUUCCGACGGCAACGAUGAGACAAUCCGAGUCUUCGACCGCGGCGACUGGUACUCCGCACAUGGCGCCGAGGCCGAAUAUAUCGCUCGAACGGUCUACAAAACAACCUCCGUUCUCCGCAACCUGGGUCGCAGUGAGACGGGCGGCCUGCCUUCCGUGACCAUGAGCGUGACCGUGUUCCGAAAUUUUCUGCGCGAAGCACUCUUCAAGCUCAACAAACGGGUGGAAAUUUGGGGCUCGGUUGGAGCCGGCAGAGGCCAGUGGAAGUUGAUGAAACAGGCCAGUCCGGGAAACCUGCAGGACGUGGAAGAGGAGCUGGGCAGUGUGGGCGGACUCGCCAUGGAGUCGGCGCCGGUGAUUCUGGCCGUGAAGAUUUCGGCCAAGGCGUCUGAGGCGCGUGGUGUCGGUGUCUGCUUCGCGGAUGCGAGUGUGCGGGAAUUGGGUGUGAGCGAGUUCCUGGACAACGAUGUCUAUUCGAACUUUGAGUCGUUGAUUAUCCAGCUUGGUGUCAAGGAGUGUCUGGUGCAGAUGGACGCGAACAGGAAGGAUGUGGAGCUUGGCAAGAUUCGAGCUAUCGCUGACAACUGUGGGAUUGCUAUCUCCGAGAGACCGGUGGCGGACUUUGGUGUGAAGGAUAUCGAGCAAGAUCUCACUCGGCUCCUCAGGGACGAGCGCUCGGCGGCCACAUUGCCGCAGACGGAGCUGAAGCUCGCUAUGGGCUCUGCGUCGGCCCUGAUCAAGUAUCUAGGUGUCAUGUCCGACCCCAGCAAUUUCGGACAGUAUCAGCUCUACCAGCAUGAUUUGUCGCAGUUUAUGAAGUUGGAUGCCUCUGCCCUCCGGGCGUUAAAUCUCAUGCCUGGUCCGCGGGACGGAUCGAGGACGAUGAGCUUGUUCGGUUUAUUGAAUCAUUGCAAGACGCCUGUCGGCAGUCGCCUGCUGGCGCAAUGGCUGAAGCAGCCGCUCAUGGAUCUCGCUGAAAUCGAGAAGAGACAGCAGCUUGUUGAGGCGUUCGUCGAGAAUACGGAGUUGAGACAGACGCUGCAGGAGGAGCAUCUCCGCUCCAUUCCGGAUCUGUAUAGGCUCACGAAGCGGUUCCAGCGGAAGCAGGCCAACUUGGAAGAUGUGGUGCGAGUAUAUCAGGUUGCGAUUCGUCUCCCGGGCUUUGUCAGCUCGCUGGAGAAUGUCAUGGACGAGCAAUAUCAGACUCCCUUGGAGACGGAGUACACCAGCAAGCUGCGCAGCCACUCGGACAGCCUAGCCAAGUUGGAAGAAAUGGUGGAGACUACGGUCGACCUGGCUGCGCUGGAGAACCACGAGUUCAUCAUCAAGCCAGAGUUUGAUGACAGUCUGCGCAUCAUUCGGAAGAAAUUGGAUAAGCUGCGACAUGACAUGGACGUGGAACAUCGCCGCGUGGCGAAGGAUCUGGAUCAGGAGGUCGACAAGAAGCUGUUCUUGGAAAACCACCGCGUGCAUGGCUGGUGCUUCCGUCUGACCCGAAACGAGGCGGGCUGUAUCAGAAACAAGAGAGAGUACCAGGAAUGCUCGACCCAGAAGAAUGGAGUGUACUUUACCACAUCCACAAUGCAAGCUCUGCGCCGGGAGCAUGAUCAGCUCUCGUCCAAUUACAACCGAACCCAGACUGGGUUGGUGAGCGAGGUGGUGAACGUGGCUGCAUCCUACUGUCCCGUGCUGGAACAGCUUGCCGGUGUCCUCGCACAUCUUGAUGUCAUCGUGAGCUUCGCCCAUGCUGCUGUGCAUGCUCCAACCGCAUAUGUCCGCCCUAAGAUGCAUCCGCGCGGCACGGGAAAUACGAUCCUCAAGGAGGCGCGGCAUCCCUGCAUGGAAAUGCAGGACGAUAUUUCCUUCAUCACCAACGACGUAUCCCUGAUCCGCGACGAGUCCUCCUUCCUCAUCAUCACCGGUCCCAACAUGGGCGGUAAAUCGACCUACAUCCGCCAAAUCGGCGUUAUUGCGCUCAUGGCCCAGACGGGGUGCUUCGUGCCCUGCUCCGAGGCCGAGUUGACAAUCUUCGACUGUAUCCUUGCCCGUGUCGGCGCAAGCGAUUCGCAGCUCAAGGGUGUCUCGACUUUCAUGGCCGAGAUGCUGGAGACGUCCAAUAUCCUCAAGUCCGCGACGUCAGAGUCCCUCAUCAUCAUCGAUGAGCUGGGCCGCGGCACCAGCACAUACGACGGCUUUGGCUUGGCCUGGGCCAUCUCCGAGCACAUCGUCACCGAGAUCCGCUGCUUCGGGCUCUUUGCAACUCAUUUCCACGAGCUCACGGCCCUCGCGGACCGAUACCCCAAAUCCGUCAAAAACCUGCACGUGGUGGCCUUCAUCGGAGACGGCACUAACGACAACACCGGAGAAGAAAAGCCCAAGAAGGAGCAGGUGACUCUGCUUUACCGCGUCGAGCCCGGUAUCUGCGACCAGUCCUUCGGUAUCCACGUUGCGGAGCUGGUUCGGUUCCCAGAGAAGGUGGUCAAUAUGGCCCGGCAAAAAGCCGAGGAGCUCGAGGAUUUUACGUCUGCAGAGGCCCAGGGGCAGCAGGCUAGCGUGUUUAUGGACGGGUAUUCUCGGGAAGAGGUGGAGGAGAGCAGCGCGCUUCUCAAGGGGAUGUUGUUGAAGUGGAAGGCGGAGAUUGAGUCGUCCGACAAGAAGUUGACUGUCGAGGAAAAGAGGCAGAUCAUGCGCGAUCUGGUCAAUGCUGAUGAGAAACUCCGGGCAAAUAAGGUCUUCCAGGGUAUCAAGGCUUUGUGA